AUGGGAGUUGCCGGAGUAUUAGGCGCUGCUCUGCUAUGCGCUAUUCAUGGUGCUACCGUAGAAAAUACUUUAUUCGAAGAUGGUGACGGUGCAAAUACAUUUCGUGCUUUUAACCCAACUCAAGCCGAAGAGACUUAUUCAAUGGUCACUGCUAACCGUUUUUGGUCCCAAAUCUUUGGGGUUGCUUUUUCCAAUAAACGUUGGUUACAUUUCUUUAUGCUAUUUGUACCCGUAACUGGUUUAUGGAUGAGUGCUAUUGGGGUAGUCGGUCUGGCUCUGAAUCUACGUGCCUAUGACUUCGUUUCCCAAGAAAUCCGUGCAGCGGAAGAUCCUGAAUUUGAGACUUUCUACACCAAAAAUAUUCUCUUAAACGAAGGUAUUCGUGCUUGGAUGGCGGCUCAGGAUCAGCCUCAUGAAAACCUUAUAUUCCCUGAGGAGGUUCUACCACGUGGAAACGCUCUUUAA